AUGUCUACAUCUGCAAAAAAACGUAAACUUAAAGGUGAAAAUGAAAGUGGAUCGGAAUCUAGCUGUGCAAGGGGAUCUAGUUUGUCUUCAGAAGUUGAAGUAGAAACUGAGGAUAAAUUUGUUCGUGUAACUGACCAAGCUAAAACUUUGAAAAUUCCUCUUUUAGAGGACGGGACGUUAGAAUUCUCAUCACUUGAACACGCAAUUCCAGGAGCGUAUGGGUUAAAGUACCCUACGCCAAAUUCUAAUGUCAAGCGCGGUGUUCCAUUUAAUGAUAAUAAAAAGGCUUUUGAGGCACCUUUUGGUGGAUGGAAAGGGAAGCUGUUUGAAGUAAUUUAUCGUCGGAAGCCUCCUGUUGUUGGUGUAGCGCCUGUAAAUGGGCCUUUAUUGGGAGAUGUGAAAAAGUAUUGUUUUUUCAUCAAAAUUGAUAAUCUUACUACAUGCGUUACACGAAUUCACAAAUCAUAUUUUGCUACUUUCCGCCACAUUGAGCACAAGAAAAUUAACUGGGGAAAUGAACUACUUAUUUAUUCUGAUGAUGGAUCUCACUUUCUAGCAACUGUCGUAUAUAUAAAUGAUUAUUGGGACUUUAUUUUGUUCAAAGCAGAUACUGAUGUUAAAGGUGAUGGACCUCCAAUUUCUCACUCCGUUAGGGCAGGCGAUGAAAUUAGUCUCUACGGUCGUGGGAAUGAUGGAUCAAUUCUUGGUCCUAAAAAAGGAAGUCUUCAUUCAUCGAAACAGUUUUUUGGAGAGAAUGACGUAUACGCAAAAUUUUUGGUUGGAACUAUUCAAACUAACGAUGGCGAUAGUGGCGGUGCAGUUUUUGACUCAAAAGGAUUGUUAGCGAUGAAUGUAGGGCGAACUUUUUUUCCUGAUCACCCUCAAAGUAUUGCUACAAAUAAGGCUGCUUAUUUCAAUCCAUUUAACUUUAUGGUGUUGGCAUCGAGUAUGAUUUCUGUUGUAGACCUUGAACGACCGCCAUCUGAUUUAAAUAGGUGCGAAUUUUCUCCUAUUUAUCAAAAGAUGGCCAGAUUGCCGCCGUCAAGAACUAGAACUUGA